CUCUCAACUUCGCAUCCAUAAUUUAAUUAAUAUAUUCGUCCUUGUUACCCUGCGCUUGGCACCAUGAUAGACGAGGCGAACACUGCCUUGGCAGCCUUGAUCAUAGCCAUUGUUGCUAUGUUCAUAGCCUCCGUUCAGCUGCUGCAACAGCUCUUCGGUACCGCCGACGGCUAUCGUCGCUGCCCGGAAUCCAUCAUCGGUCCCUGGUCGGAACUGACGCGUCUGAGCUGGCGCUGGUCUGAGUUUCGAUUCGAGACGAAGUACACCACGCCGCUGAUCGUGUCGUACGACGCGGACGAGAGAGCCAAUGACCCGCGAAUCGUCGGCAUCAACGAUACGACGCCGCCCCGGGAGCUGCAGCAAACAAUCCACAACUGCGACCACGAGGUCUGCAAUCGGCCGACGGCGAGAUGGCGGCAGAAGCUGAGCCUGGUGCGCGGUCGUCGUCGUCGCCAGCUCGCCACUGCCCCCGGUGACCAAGUUUCGUGGACUCUGCUUCUUCGCAUGAUUCAUAACUGUCAGGCUAGAUGGCGGGUGAACGGACCUUCUCUGUCGGAGAAGCAGGCGUUAGAAGGGCCCUUGAUGCCGCCUUCUACGGCCGAGCGCGACUUUGGCGUGGUGUACGUGGAAAGAUCCUGGGAUCUGAUGAUCCCUGAGGUGACGAGGCCGCUCGCGACCAGCACGUUGGGCGAUAUUGUGGUCAUUGCGCAUCGCAUGGGAAUGCGCUGGCUGGACCUUCGAUUCAGCGAGGGUUUCCUGCGAGCCGAAGGGAACGGACACAGUCUGUCGGCGACGCUUCUGCGGGGAUUGGGACCGGUGUUCCAGUAUAGCUUCGAGAAAAAGGCCCAUGCCAUUCAGAUGCACGAAAUCAACGGCGGAGAGCCAGCAUUUGAGUGGGUGCCUGGAAAGGAUGCGCUUGUGCCCACGAAAGAAGCCGACAUGAUGGCAUGUGGCAUUCUCGUUGGCGAUUCGAUGCUGGGAUUGUCCAACUUCCAUCUGGCGGGCUCCGACGAUGCAGAGACGCACCACCUGCUGAGACUAGCGCUGAUCCGGCUGGGUGUCGCCAAAGAAGUCGCGACGCGGCUCUCGGACGGCUACUCGCAGCGAGGGAUCGUGAAUGGCUGGCAAUCUCGAUCGAGUUUCGCCCUCGGCGACCUCGUAGGGCUUCUGUCCCCCUUUAUUCCUCUACCGGGCUCCGACAUCAACCUGAUUGUGAAUCCGAUCCGCACGUCGCAGGUCGGAUCGUCGUUUCUGUUCUGGGAGUCGCGAGAGAUCUUCCUCCUGCGGCUGAAAGAGACGGUUCAGCAGCGAAAACGUGCAGACGUGGCUCGCGAACGAUCGAAUUUAGAUAUGAUUUGCGAUUAUCUCACCGAGCUCCACGACCAAUAUCCCGACGACUUCUUCGAUCGCUGGGAGAAAGACCCCUACGUGAAGCAAUCCACUGGACGAACCGACGCGACGUCCUCGCACAUCAACACCGGGAAACAACGGUACCUCCAGCGCCUGUACGAGAUGCACACACGCACCACGCAGUAUUUCUCGGAGCGACCCGAGCAUUUCAAGUUCCUGGUGGCCGAGUAUAUCAACAUAGUGGCUGAUGCGUGGCCCCGGGCAACGGAGAAUGCUCGUCAGGGCAAAGCGCGCAACACGAAGGGCAAAUUCGAAGGGCCUCGCAAUCAAUGGCAUGAGAAUGGCCAUGUCAUUCUGGAUUCCCUGGAGGACCUCCUCCGUAAAAUGGAGGGGAGAUUCGGGGGUCGGGAUGGAGCGAUGGAUGCGUGGUGGAUGCUGGUGCUGCGAGGGAUGAGUUGGUACAUGUCCGUCUGGAUCACCGUGCCCACCUCGUUGGUGCCUUCGUACUGCUAUGCCAGUCAGUCGGUUGUCUAUGUUUCGUAGGUCCUAUCCGAUAGCCUCAAGCAAAUCCGUUUUCCCUUUUUU